AUGGAUAAACAAGAUAAUGAUCAUAAUUGGGAAGAGUUAAAGUAUUUAUCCGGUUUUGGAAAUGACUUCGCAUGCGAAGAUGUCCGUUGCCCCGACUCACUACCCGAAGCACAGAAUUCACCUCAGCAAUGUCCUUAUGGACUUUACGCUGAACAAUUGUCUGGUACAGCCUUCACUUGUCCACGAGAAACAAAUAAACGAUCAUGGUUAUAUCGAAUAUUACCGUCUGUUCUUCACGAACCGUUUAUUCCCGUCAAAUCCGAUUAUAUAACAAAUAAAUGGGAUAACGAAGAGCCAAAUCCAAAUCAAACACGGUGGAAACCAUUUUUGAUUCCUGAUGUUCAAAAAGAGAAAAAAGAUUUUCUAGAAGGCUUGGCAACAUUAUGUGGUGCUGGUGAUACGCGAUGUCGACAUGGUGCUUCGGUUUAUAUUUACGGUUGUAAUAGUUCCAUGGAAAAUAAGGCAUUGUGUAAUGCAGAUGGAGAUUUCCUUAUCGUUCCACAACAUGGUCAGUUGCGUGUAACAACUGAGUUCGGACGAAUGUUAGUGAAACCCGAAGAAAUUUGUGUUAUACAGCAAGGCAUGCGAUUUUCAAUUGACGUAGAUCAACCAAGUCGUGGCUAUAUUCUUGAAGUAUUUGAUAAUCAUUUUGUUCUACCAAAUUUGGGACCAAUUGGUGAUAUUUCAAUCGCACUAAUCUUCAAACAUCUUACCAUCUAUUUGUUUACUGAAUUUUUCUAUCCUUCACUGUUUUUUAUAUCAUCUAUUCAUUUAUUAGCAUGGUUUGAGGAUCGUGAAUGUGAAUUCACAGUUAUCCAUAAGUAUCAAGGAAGUUUAUUUCAAUCAAAACAAAUAUUAUGCCAAAUACACAUACGUCGUCAUGUUCAUUGUUUAGGAAAUUGUAUGAGCGAAUUUAUGGGCUUGAUAACAGGCAAAUACGAAGCAAAAGAGGAAGGUUUUCAGCCUGGUGGUGCUACCUUACAUAGUAUGAUGACACCACAUGGUCCGGAUGCCGACUGUUUUGAAAAAGCCAUCGUAGAAGAACUUACACCAAAAAGAGUAGCCGAAGGCUCAUUGGCAUUCAUGUUCGAAACUUCGUUGAGUUUGGCUUUGACAAAAUGGAGUUUGAGUACAUGUGAACGUGUAGAUAAAGACUAUUUUAAAUGUUGGAGUUCAUUAAAGAAACACUUUACUGGUUUGAAAAUUGAUGAUCAGAAACAUUCAUAA